AUGGCCACUCUCAGUGUCCUCACCUUCGAUCCAGAGGGCCGCCCGAUAGAGUUCGAUGCGUGGCUCGACGACUUACAACUGUACUUACUGAGCGAUUCUAAGGACGGUGUUUCACUGUUUGACCUCACGUCUGGCGCCUCUCUCGCCCCUGCCGCCACAGCUGAUAGUGCGACUCGCUCACAGUGGCUUACCCGUGACGCUGCUGCUUGCCUAGCCGUUCGCAACCACCUGCCGUUCGCCGAACGCGCGCACUUUGGCCUGCACAAGACUGCUAGAGCCCUGUACGACGUUGUAGUCGCUCGUUACUCCUCCCCGGCCACUGCUGCUCUAGGCCGCCUUCUCCUGCCCUACCUGUUCCCAGAGCUGUCCGCCUUUGCCACAGUAGCCGACCUCGUCACUCACCUUCGCACUAGUGACACUCGCUACCGCGCUGUGCUUCCCGCCGAGUUUCUCGCCAAGAACCCUCGUCCCAUGUACACCACUCUCUACUUCAUAGUCACCCGCCUCCCUGACUCUCUUAGCGCUGUCAGGGACCUCCUUCUUGCCCUUGACCCCACCGACCUCACUGUCGACCUGCUCGAGAAGCACCUCCUAGCAGCUGAGACUAGCAUAAACGCUGAGCUGCGUCUGCCCCUAGUGGGAGGCCCCGCAGCAGCAGGGGCAGGGGAGGCAGGGGCGGUGGGGGUGGCAGCGGUGGAGGCGGUGGUGGGGGCGGUAGGCGGUGGAGGUGGUGGUGGUGGCGAAGGGAGUGGUGUUGGGGGUAGAGGCGUAGGUGGCGGCGGUGGUGGCGGCGGUGGUGGCGGCGGCAGUGGUGGCGGCGGUGGGAGUGGAGGCGGCGGCAGUUGGCGGCCGGGGUGGUACCAGUCAGAGGGGAGGCUUAGGCGGUGGUCAGAGGCAGCAGCAGCAGCGUCAGCGUGA